AUGUCGGGUUCGACAGUUCAACUGUCGAAACUAUCGACAAGUUUCGGGCGUGUUUGCUACCUUGUUGAAAACAUUAAUGGUUAUAAUGAAUUCUCAACUACAACAACUACAUUAUCACAGUGGGACUCAUCACUCAUCAAGCCCAGUUAUAUUGAAGUGUCGACUGAAGGACAAAAUGAUAUCCAACUGACUCUUCACAAAACCCCCUUCAUCCACACCAAACCCAAUUUACUCACAUACCCAGCUUUCUCCCUAUCUUGGAAUCUCUCUAUUCAUCUUCAUCAGGUUCGUGCAAUGGCUUCGGAUUCUGCCUCCUCCUCAACUUUCAAAAAAAUCAAGAUUCAGAGAGACGACACGACAUUUGAUGCCUAUGUGAUUGGGAAAGAAGAUGCUCCUGGACUUGUAGUGCUUCAGGAAUGGUGGGGGGUUGAUUUUGAGAUCAAGAACCACGCACAGAAAAUAUCUCAGUUUGAACCUGGCUAUAAAGCGCUGAUCCCAGAUUUGUACCGAGGAAAGGUUGGUUUGGAUGUUGCUGAAGCACAACAUUUGAUGGAUGGUCUUGAUUGGCAAGGCGCGGUGAAGGAUAUUCAAGCCUCAGUUAACUGGCUUAAGGCAAAUGGUUCAAAGAAGGUUGGUGUAACUGGUUACUGCAUGGGGGGUGCUCUUGCUAUUGCAAGUUCUGUGUUGGUUCCUGGGGUUGAUGCUGUGGUAGCCUUUUAUGGUGUGCCUUCGCCAGAGCUUGCAGAUCCUCUCCAUGCUAAGGCACCUGUACAAGCACAUUUUGGUGAGCUUGACAAUAUUGUUGGAUUUUCUGAUGUGAAGACAGGGAAAGCGUUGGAGGAAAAGCUGAAGGCAUCAGGAGUUCCACAUGAAGUACAUAUUUAUCCAGGAGCUUCACAUGCCUUUAUGAACAAGUCCCCCGAAGGGGUGCAGAGAAGAAAAAAUAUGGGACUGACUGAUGAAGAUGAUGUAGCAGUCGAGUUAGCAUGGACCCACUUCCGUAAUUGGAUGAAUCGCUUUUUGUCCCCCUGAACUCUCCGUCUAAUCGUGUUAUUUCUCAGCACCUCUGUUUUUAUGGUGAUACCUUGUGUGAAAUAACUUAUUAUCUCGUCUGAAGACAUGGGCCUAUCUGUGUUGUGUCCUAUCUGAGUAAUAUAAGGUUUUGUAUCACUCGUUCUAUUUGUGGUUAUGGAUGUGAAAACAUGCUUUUCGACUUUAUCGAGGAACUUAUGUUAUCUGUCUGUUUAUGACGGUA